AUGGGUAUGAGCUGGACUGGUUUCUUAUUGACCUACCUAUUUGGUGGUGUCACUUUCAUUCCUUUAGUUUUAGCAGUCAUACUACUUCAUGCGCAUCUUACAUUUCCGACUCGCGAUGAAAUCGUAAAGGAAGAUGACGGCAAUGAUUCCAACAGCAUCGUUCAGCCCGAUGACGAUACGACAGCCCUUCGCGAGGCUCAGAAGGAGGAAUCGAAACAACGCCUCCUAGCCGAAUCCGACACAGCGGCAGGAUAUUUCGCAGUAUGUCGUGAAUACACCCCGAUGGGCAUCAAUGCCAAACCGAUAGAGCGUUCUACCCCCGUAGGAUCGACCACUGUCGCCCCGCCUAGCCAGAGUGUAUACCAGUCUAUGUACAGAAGCAUCUUCGACAGGAAGCAGACUCCUAGCCCGUUAGACGACAGUAAAGGUGUUAGUCAGCGACCUAAGAAGGCAGGAAAUGUGUUCUAUGUCGUACUGAGACAUGGCCACUUGAUGCUGUUUGACGACGACGAGCAGCUCGAGGUCCGCCACGUUAUCUCUUUAGCCCACCACAAUAUUAGCAUAUACUCUGGAGGAGACCCUACCCCCGAAGGCGAGUUAUUUAUUAAGCGAAAUGCAUUGCGCUUGAGCAGGAAGACGGAUGGGAAAGAUUUGACUCGAGGUGCUCAAGUGUCAAAACCAUUCUACCUCUUCUCCGAGAACUGCUCCGCCAAGGAAGAUUUCUACUUUGCUCUGCUCAGGAAUCAAGAACAGACCUUUACUGGUCUGAAUCUAGCCCCGAAACCCCAGCGAUUCGAAGUCAAGAAUAUCAUAUCAUUAGUUCAGAAGUUACAUUCCUCUGAGGAUCACCUACAGACGAGAUGGCUUAAUGCCUUGAUCGGGAGGAUAUUCCUCGGCGUCUACAAGACCAAGGAUAUUGAACAUUUAAUUAGGGAGAAGAUUACGAAGAAAAUCUCCCGUGUCAAUCGACCAUCUUUUCUUACCAGUAUCACGAUACAGAAUAUCGACACAGGAGAUUCGGCGCCGUUAUUCAUGAAUCCCCGGCUCAAAGACUUUAGUGUGGAAGGCGAGUGCGGAAUGGAGGCCGAUGUUAAGUACAACGGCAAAUUCAGAUUAGAGGUCGCUGCUACAGCACGUAUCGAUCUAGGCCCUCGGUUCAAAGUGAGAGAAGUCAACCUCGUACUUGCUGUGGUCUUAAAGAAGCUGGAGGGACAUGCUUUCUUCAAGAUAAAACCACCUCCUAGCAAUCGCAUAUGGUUCUCAUUCCAGUCCAUGCCUAAGAUAGAGAUGACGAUUGAGCCCAUUGUAAGUUCGAGGCAGAUUACAUACACAGUGAUUCUACGACAGAUCGAGAACAGAAUCAAGGAGGUCGUGGCCGAGACACUAGUAGCACCAUUUUGGGACGAUAUUCCGUUCUUCAAUACCGAACACAAACAAUGGCGCGGAGGAAUAUUCGAAGGCGAUGACGCAGUUGAGACUUCUCCCAACACUGAAACCAUGGCCGCUCAGCACGGGGAUGUAAACGAGGUCAGCCAUAUCGAAGAAACAAGCACGGAUACGCCCCCUGAACAGCCUUCGUUAGAGAAGAGUCAUACCGUGCCCGUUAUGGAGACCUCCCAAACGGUGCAACCACAAGGAUUCUGGGGUAGGAGGCUUAACUCGAAAAAGAGUUUACAAAGUGAUGGCAGUCAGAGUCCGUCUGCAUCGACGACAGCUUUCGAAGCAAAGAGCCCACGAAGCUCUGCGACAGAGGUGCUACACCCCUCGCGAUCAGGAUCUAUCUCAACGUCAAGUCCUAUCGUCAGCACUGACCCCGUGCACGCCGAAACUUUCAGACCUUCGUCUAGUCCACCAGAUCGUGAUGACGCAAUUAGUGCAAUGGCGCAUCUCUCUGCUAGGUCCAAGAGCACAUCACCGGCUCAUACCCCCGUCGGGUCGCCCGGUAAAUCAUCUUCUACCUCACAAGCGAUCAAUGGCUCCACGAAUUCGUCUUCCGAAGCUAUCCCUGUACGCGAGGACGAUAACACCCCUACAGCGCCAGGCAGACGUCACACUGCCUCCUCUACAGGAAGUGCUGAGAGCGAUAAUGCGCCUCCAAGCUCAUCUGCGCCAUCUAGUAGCAGAAAUUCGAUCAAGAGUAAUACUGGGUCAAUAGGCAAGGUUUUCUUCACACGAAGAGAAAACACCUCUUCAACGGCUAGCUCUACAAAUGGGACGCUAGAGGGUAAGCGGAAUACCCUAGCCGCCGUGUCUAACGUCGCCGCAACGGCGAAACGAUGGGGCCUGAACGCAAUACAGAGGCAGACGGACAGGAACGGUGGCGUUAACGGACGCAAGCUUUCCGAUCCUCCGCUGGAUCUGAAUCAGCCUAUGGGGCGUGGUCAGCCAUUCCCGCCUCCUGGCACGCCGCUACCUGGGCCUGGAAAGAAGGCAUCGCCGAUGGCCAUCAUGCCCAAACGGAAACCUAUUGCUCCUCCACCAUCGCUCCCACGACAGAGUACCGGUAACUUACAUGAUGCGAAAACAGAACGACGGCCCUUGCCGCCACCUCCGCUACCAUCGAGGCGCAGACGUAUCUCUCAGAUCCAUAUUGCCGGUAACGACAGCAGCAAUGAAGAUAAUGUCCUUGUUGUUGCGGCGCCGGCAGAUUCGGAGCCGAAUAGCCCGUCAUUCCGGAUUAACGAUCACGAUGAUUCCAUGUCUUCACCCGGGUACGUCCAGCCUUGGGUUGAGGAUGCGGAAGAGCUGAAUGGUGACGUGCCUGAAUAUGCAGAAGGCGAAAAUGAGGACUUGAUCCAGAUAGUAGAGGACGAGGAUAAGGCGUCCGUGAAGACGCAUACUCCGCCUCCUAAUCUACCUCCAAGGAGACGAGUAGAGGAGCAGAGGGGAGAGCAUCAUGAGGAGCUAGGAGAAGAGAAUGGGGACGAAGAUGGGUAUACGAAUUGGAUGGAGGGUCCCGAGCCCGAUUUUACUGAAUCGGCUCCCUCUGACUCUAACAUCGUCAAUGCCCACGUCACUGGUGAUGCUACCGCCGUGAAAUGA